AUGGACAACUUGUGGCAGUGUCGAGCGAUGGAUUUCAAGAGCGGGAAACUGAGCUUGUGCUUCUUCGAUAACCAUGCGGUAUCGCGCUCCAAAAUCUAUACAUUGGUAGAAUCGAAUUCAUAUUACGAAAUGUAUCAGCAUGUUUUGGAAGCUCUAAAGCUUUUCAAUGAUAAAAAUAAACUUCCGUUUUCGCGAUAUUUGAUCAGUGGAAAAACGGACGUUGCUCUUCCAGCAUAUCUUAGAAAUUCAUCGUCCAGGAACAGGGGAUUAUCACACAGCGAGUCAUCUUCGUCCCUAAACACCGUGUAUACAGAAUCCUCGGACUCGGCUGCUGAACAAGAGCCUUUGCCGCCAAAGCAGAUAAGCGUUUUUGGUACUUCGUAUCCUGUGCAUCGACUGAAGUAUACGCUUGAUGGUGAUAAAGUGGCUGGAGGCUUGGAUGAUGCACAACGGAAUGCAUUAUGCUAUGCGCUUACACAUGAACUUGCCCUAAUUCAGGGUCCACCAGGAACAGGGAAAACAUUUAUCGGGCGUAUUAUUGUGCGUAUUCUGCUGGAGAACAUGGAUCUGUGGAAUCCGACUCGAACAAAUCCAAUUUUGAUCGUAUGCUAUACAAAUCAUGCUUUGGACCAAUUUUUGGAAGGUGUUUUGAAGGAUCUGAUCGAUGACGGACGUUACGAUGAUGAGAAGCCCAGUAUUAUUCGACUUGGCUCACGCUGUAGAAGUGAAACUUUGUUGAAAUACACAAAACGGCAAAUAACCGAUGAAUUUGAACAUAUAAUUCCACGUCUGAUGAAACAGAAGGCGAAUCGUGUAUUUUCGAAAAGAGCGGAACUGGUGGACGAGAUUCGCCUACAAGCAGCGCUUCUUGCUUAUAGAAAAGAGGAGAUUUUAUCAUACAGACAUGUGCGGCGAGCGAUGCUGCCUGAACAUGCCCGGCAAUUCGCGGAGAUGCGACGUGUCAACGGGCGAAUGUGUCUGGAAGACGAAGCGCUAGCCAGAUGGUUGUUGGAGGGAUCCACCAGCACGCAAGAAGAUGUGGCCGAUGAAACGAAGGAAGUGGAGCAGCAGGAAGAGGAAGAGGAGGAAAAAGAGUGUUUGUGGUCGAUGGAUUUGCCGUUCAAGAAACUUGAAAAUGGUCAUGAAAGCCAAGACAAAUCGAUGUCUUUGAAAGAAAUACAGGUAUAUUCCAUCAGGAUUUGCAUAUCUUGA